UCAAAAUGCAAUUAGGCUUAACGAAAAUAUUAGCUACAUCGAUCUUCUAUGUACUGCUCCUUCAUGGCCUCUAAGACAAUCCUCAUCCCUCUCAUCUUAUUCGCCUCCAUUGUUCCUGCAAAUUGUAACUUUGAAGCCGAUGUCCUGUACGGAUGGAAAACCAAGUUGACGGACCCGAGCCAGGUCCUCCAGAGCUGGGACCCGACGCUGGCUAACCCGUGCACAUGGUAUCACAUUACGUGUAAUUCCGAGAACCGCGUCACCAGAGUGGACCUUGGGGAUGCAGGCAUUUCAGGGCCUCUUGUCCCUGAGCUGGGCCUCCUCACUAACCUGCAGUACCUGGAAGUGUAUGGGAACAAGAUCAGUGGAUCCAUUCCAAAGGAGAUUGGGAGGUUGACAAAGCUUGUGAGCCUGGACCUCUACCGGAAUCAUCUCACUGGGUCCAUUCCUACAUCCCUUGGCAAUUUGAAGUCCUUGAAGUUUAUGAGACUGCACAGCAACAAGUUAAGCGGUACCAUCCCGAUAAAGGUCAUCGAUCUUGUUCGUGUGGGCACUCUGCAAGUUCUGAACGUUUCCGAUAAUAAUUUUUCAGGAACUGUCCGUCCCACCAACAUUACAGGAUAUGCAGUGACCACCAUAAUACAAGAUCCAAAGCUCGAAGCUUGACGAUCAAUUUAUUGGAAUCACAUUAACUUAUAAAAUGACAGAUAAUGGGAGGCUCAUAUAGACCCCAUCAUACAUACAUAUAUAUAUUAUGUCACCAAUAAAUUUCGAGUUUCCUAGCUCUCAAGUCCGAUUGUGUAUUUGUAUUGCGUUUCUUCAGUAUCAUCAUAAUGAAGGAGCGAAAUAAUGAAAUGGAAUCCCCCAACAAAGACUUUUUUUUUU